AUGGCUACUAACGAUCGUCAUCCCCACCAGGUCCAAGUCCACACCAUCCAACACCCACGAUACGAACACGGCGGCAACAAAUCGUCGUUUUUCACUGAUCAAGAAGGUCCAUCAAAGAGCAAAAUCUUCGCCGUCAUGGCCCUCCUUCCGGUGGGUGGAAUCCUACUUGGCCUCGCAGGAAUCACCUUUGUGGGUACUAUGAUCGGUCUAGCUAUCGCCACCCCAAUUUUCAUCAUCUUCAGCCCGAUUAUUGUUCCGGCAGUCCUCACCAUCGGGCUGGCGGUAGCCGGAUUUCUGACAUCCGGGACGUUUGGGUUGACGGGGCUGAGCUCUUUGUCUUUUCUGGUGAACAGUCUGAGGCAGGUGACGGGGUCGACAGUGCCGGAGCAGAUCGACUAUGCGAAGAGGCGGGUUCAAGACAUGGUGGAGUACACAGGACAGAAGACGAAGGAGGUGGGCCAGACCAUACAGGACAAGGCUCAUGAAAUUGGACCAGAGGUUCAAGUUCAUGGAGGUGCCAAGGAAGGACGUGGUGCCAGGACUUGA